AUGUUCCCGACAUCGUACGUGCCCCUGGUUAUCGAAGGCGAAUCAGGAUCAGUAGCGUGGAAGAACUCGAAACCAUCUUCUACGAGACUUUGUAGACCGCUAAGAUUCACAUUCGCCAAAGAGACACCAGAAGUUACUCGCGAGGAAGUUCAAAAAACUAUGACGGAGAUUGUGCAGCUCAGACCGAGCAAGAUCAAGAUGGCGGGCCAGGAAUUCCAGGUCGAGCAUAGACUUCUACUGACCAUGAUUGAUGGCAAAGUUGCUCAGGUCUUGUGCGACGUCCCUUCAAUGGCCGUUUGUUGCGUUUGCGGAGCCCUGUCGAGCGAGAUGAAUAAGUUGGAAGCCAUCAGUCAGAGGGCCAUCUCGUCGGAGGCGCUCCAAUUCGGACUAUCGCCCCUCCAUGCUCGCAUCAAAAGCAUGGAGUGUUUUUUGCACAUCUCUUAUCGAUUGCAAUUCAGAUCGUGGAGAAUCAACGCGAGAACCACAGCUCUCCAUAACCAGCGGAAACGCGGAAUCCAACAGGAAUUUAGGCAGAGGCUCGGUCUGCUCGUCGAUGUCGUGGGAUCCACAGUAGACGGAAACACGGCCCGAAAAUUUUUCGCAGAUCCGGAAGUAACCUCCGAAAUAACCGGCAUCGAUGCCGAUCUGCUGCGACGUUUCAGCGUGAUACUCGAUGCCAUAAACUGCAAGCUCCCGCUCGACAGCGCGAAAUUCGGCUCGUUUUGCUCGGAAACCGCACGCUCAUUCGUGGAACUGGUACGUUGGUACUACAUGCCAAAUACAGUUCACAAGCUGUUGAUGCACGGGAAAGUGAUAGUCGAGGAGGCGCUUCAGCCGAUCGGAACGCUUAGUGAGGAAGCGCAAGAGGCGAGCAAUAAGACUUACAAAGAGUUUAGACUGCGUCACUCCAGGAAGAUCAAGCGGGUAGCAACCAAUCUCGAUGUAAUGCACAUGAUGUUGGCCACCUCUGAUCCUUUUAUGGACUCAAUUCGACUUGAGCCCAAAAGACAAAGUUUAGAUCUGAAUAAAGAAGUCUCGGCGUUACUCGCCAUUGACUAG